UCUCUCUCCACCCCUAUCUCUUUACGGGACUGCCAGCCCGUGCUGUGGUAUUCCAGGAAUGCGUGGUGAACAUGGCGGCCGCGCUGAAGGCUCCCAAAAGCGGGCUGCUGGAGCUGCGCGUGGCGGUGGAGCGCUGGAGCCGCGUCCUGGCGGCUCUGACCGGGGACGCGCUCACCGUGAGCCCCGCCGAGGCCAACGAGGAGCCGGCUAAGAGCAAAGCCCCAGCCCCGGCGCCUCUGAACGGGGAACCGAGCAGCCUGUGCUGCCCCUCUGUCCCAGAACACAUCAGCAGCGUCAAGCGCACAGUGAGGGUCACCAAGCAGGACGUCGGGGGACUCGGAAUCAGCAUUAAAGGUGGUAAAGAGAAUAAGAUGCCCAUCCUCAUCUCAAAGAUUUUCAAGGGACUCGCUGCAGACCAGACUGAGGCUCUUUAUGUUGGUGAUGCCAUUUUGUCUGUCAAUGGAUGUGACCUGAGAGAAGCUACACAUGAUGAAGCCGUACAAGCCCUGAAGAAGACGGGAAAAGAGGUCAUCCUGGAAGUGAAGUACAUAAAGGAGAUGUCUGCGUUUUUUAAAAGCCCAUCUCCAGGGGUUCCUCCGCUGCUGGAGUCUCCACCGUCCACUCCACAGAAGCAGGCUGACCCAGCCUUAAAGGAUACCAGAACCAUCCCUCUGAAAAUGUGCCACAUCACCCGUAAGCAGUGCCCCCCAGACACAGAGGACAGGUAUUUUGAGUUGGUGUCAGCAGACAGAAAGAAGUCCGUGUUUCUGAGGGCGAAGGACCCGGCUAUGGCCCAGUCGUGGUACAAUGCAAUCCAAACAGCCAGCGCUGCCCUGCUGACCACAGUUAAAGAUGACCUUAAAGCCUUACAGCCAGGCAUGGACAUCAGACACAUCGGCUGGAUCAUAGAGCAGGGAUCAGAGAGGCCAGUACUGGCCUUGUUGACAGACAGAGAUCUAUUGUUGUACAGCUCUCUACCUGACAGCAGAGAGAGCCUUAACAGUCCAGACAAGAGCCAUCCACUCAUUACCACCAGACUCGUUCACUCAGGGCCUGGGAAGAGCUCAUCAGUGCAGGACUCUGAGUUAACCUUCGGCCUUCGCUUGGGCACCAAGCAAGGUGUGGAGACCCACCUGUUCCGUGUGGACACUGCCAAAGACCUGUCCACCUGGAGCCACCUGCUGGUGGAGGGCUGCCACACUGCUGCCGAGCUCAUACAGGAAGUCACCACAGCAUGCAGUUGGAACGGUCAGCAGUGCAUGCUAAGCGUGCACAUAGACAACGGCUUCUCGUUGUUCACGGAGGAGGCUGGGGUCCGCAGGCACAUACUCCUGCAGCAGCCGUUCGAACGCCUGCGCAUGUCCUCCGACGACGGCGUUCGCAUGAUCUUCCUCGAUUUCGGAGGCCCGGAGGCUGAGAUACAACUGGACCUCCAUGCCUGUCCCAAGACCAUCGUCUUCAUCAUCCACUCGUUCCUCUCGGCCAAGGUGAAGCGGCUGGGCCUCCUGGCGUGAACGCUGGUGUCCUAAAGCUCCACACACACACACAUACGCAGCUACAGUACGUGAAGCCUUAGUCACAUGUCCUAGGAAUCGGAGCCACAGCAAUGGAAGCAGAAUGAGGACCAGACAGCAUAUUGGUGCCACUGGUGCAGUCCUUCCACUGUUGGCCAAACAAUCAAAAGCCAUGUAAUGAAUUAUCAUUUUAUCUCAUUUUUUAUGUGGAGCCGAUUUUUUUUUACAGAUCAUACAACGGAAUGCCAUAUCAGUCUGUAUAAAAUAUAAAAUACAUAUGUAUUUACAGCUUAGAACUGGAAUUGACCUGUCGGUGUUGUGUAUAUGACAGCUUUCCUUCAAAGCAACUGUUUAGACAAACUAGAAUGUUGGCAAAAAUCCAUUUAAAGUAUGAGUUAUAUAGUUGUCUAUAUAACUGGAAGAUUUUUCAGUCCAAAACUGUAUACUAUUAAGCAAAUUGGAAAUGCAUUUAUUCAUGUAUUUACUGUUAUGUUCCCAGUAUGUGGAUGUCUUUACUGCCAGGGUCACUUGUUCAUUCACAUUGGGCAAUUCUAGGCACAUGGUGCCAGUCACGAUCGUUACCACUCUCAGCAUUGUCCACAGUGGGUGGUAAUGUUUUCUGUUGUGUAUUUCCUGUACACACGUGACACUGUGGAUCGAGGAAUGUAACCUUGUUUAAACUCUGAUGAGCAUGCUGGCCAGUGUUCAAACUUACUCACAAGAAAACACCUCACAACUUACAAUACAGUUCCCUGAGGUAAUGCUUCAUAAUUAAUAUGGGAUAUUAAUCAUUGGUGUCCCAUAACUAUUGGCAUUUCACUGUACUGCUGUUAUAACUGGUGGUCCAUUUGGGUAUAGACAUUGUGACCUCUGGUCCUAUUUCAUUUAUCAAAUUAUUUAAUUGAAUUAUUGAACAGUUAACAAAUUCUCCCUUAGACAUCCGUUUUUAAGAAGAUGAUCAAUUAUCAAUGAAGAAUUUAAUGGUAUUUAUGCCAACAUUCUACAAAACCGUUCGCUAAGAAAGUCUAUAUCUGUGCACAGAGCAUGAACAGAUCACCUGAAAAGAUAACAGGCCAUUAAUAAAGCUGGUAUUUUGAGGGAAAAACUGAUGCAAAGCUUAACAAUAUAUGAAAGUCUGUGAAAACCAAUUAGAAUUAUCCAGUUUGCAUAAUGCCAACCCAGUGAGCUUAAACUCUUCAUUAGCCACAUUAGCCUUUUUAGCUGAAGUAUUCUUUUAAUAUGACUCCUGGUACAGUCUGAAAAGGAAUUUGUGGCUCAGCAGAUACACUAUAUUUCCAAAAGUACUCAAUCAUCCAUCUAAAUCAUUAAACUCAGGUGUUCCAAUCACUCCAAUUCCAAUUCCAUGUCCACAGGUGUAUAAUAAUAAAAGCAGCAGCAAGUCCUGCAGACUGCUUCUACAAACAUUAGUGAAAGAAUGAGUCUCUCUCAGGAGCUCAGGAGGAUGCGGCACCUGUGCAACAAGUCCAGUCGUGAAAUUUCACUACUCACUACUAAAUAUUCCACAGCCAACUGUCAGUGAUAUUAUAACACAGUGGAAGGGUCACUACAUCACUACACACCUCCAAACAUCAUGUAGCUUCAGAGUUCAUCACUACACACCUCCAAACUUCAUGUAGCUUCAGAGUUCAUCACUACACACCUCCAAACAUCAUGUAGCUUCAGAGUUCAUCACUACACACCUCCAAACUUCAUGUAGCUUCAGAGUUCAUCAUCACUACACACCUUCAAACUUCAUGUAGCUUCAGAGUUCAUCAUCACUGCACACCUCCAAACUUCAUGUAGAUUCAGAGUUCAUCACUACACACCUCCAAACUCCAUGUAGCUUCAGAGUUCAUCAUCACUGCACACCUCCAAACUUCAUGUAGAUUCAGAGUUCAUCACUACACACCUCCAAACUCCAUGUAGCUUCAGAGUUCAUCAUCACUACACACCUCCAAACUUCAUGUAGCUUCAGAGUUCAUCAC